GCCGGUGCUGGGUCCAGAGUUUUCACACUCUCCGCCGGACCCGUCCCUCCGCCGCUGAGUCCUUACCCUCACCCCGGGCCGUCUCCUGCCCCCUGAGCGGACGCAGGGAGUCGAGGCAGGGCGUGAGGGGCGCCAUGAAGAGCCGCCGCCUGACAGGCCCCGCGGCGGGGGGGCUGGCCGGCUGAGGGCCCGCGCCGGCCGAGGCAUGUGGAGCCCCGGCGGGAGCCUGCUCCAGGCACUCCCCCGGCUCCUGCAGCACGCCGCCCUCCUGGGCCGCGCCGAGCUGCCAGCCCGCUGGGCCACGCCGCGGGCGGCGGGCGGGGACGACGCGGCGGAUCGCCUCCCUCGCGGGGGCGGGGCGAGCGCGGCAGCGGCGGCGGCGGCUGCCUCCGGCGCCCUGCUCGGCGCCUAUCUGGAGCGCCACGGUCCGCCUGCGGCCUCGGAGCUGCCGGCGCCGGGCGGGGCCUUGGCGGGCGGCCCCGGGAGCGGCAGCGGCGGCGGCGUGGUGGUCGGCGUGGCGGAGGUGAGAAACUGGCGCUGCUGCUGCCUCGGCAGCACCUGUUGGUGCCGGAGCCUCGUGCUGGUGUGCGUGCUGGCCGCGCUGUGCUUCGCUUCCCUGGCCCUGGUCCGCCGCUACCUGCAGCACCUCCUGCUCUGGGUGGAAAGCCUCGACUCGCUGCUGGGGGUCUUGCUCUUCGUCGUGGGCUUCAUCGUAGUGUCGUUCCCCUGCGGCUGGGGCUACAUCGUGCUCAACGUGGCCGCGGGCUACCUGUACGGCUUCGUGCUGGGCAUGGGACUUAUGGUGGUGGGCGUCCUCAUCGGCACCUUCAUCGCCCAUGUGGUCUGCAAGCGGCUCCUCACCUCCUGGGUGGCCGCCAGGAUCCAGAGCAGCGAGAAGCUGAGCGCCGUUAUUCGCGUGGUGGAGGGAGGAAGCGGCCUGAAAGUAGUGGCGCUGGCCAGACUGACCCCCAUACCUUUUGGGCUUCAGAAUGCAGUGUUCUCGAUUACUGAUCUCUCCUUACCCAACUAUCUGAUGGCAUCUUCGGUUGGACUGCUUCCUACCCAGCUUCUGAAUUCUUACUUGGGUACCACCCUGCGGACAAUGGAAGAUGUCAUUGCAGAACAGAGUGUUAGUGGAUAUUUUGUGUUUUGUUUACAGAUUAUUAUAAGUAUAGGCCUCAUGUUUUACGUAGUUCACCGAGCUCAAGUGGAACUGAAUGCAGCUAUUGUAGCUUGUGAAAUGGAACUGAAAACCUCUCUGGUUCAAGGCAAUCAACCAAAUACCAGUGGCUCUUCAUUCUGCAACAAGAGGACCCUAACAUUUUCUGGAGGUGGAAUCAAUAUUGUAUGACUCUAACAAAAUGUGUGAUUGUUGAGAGCUAGUGUGCUGUCCAAGGUCUAGUGGUCACCUUACUAGUGGGCAGAGACAAGUUCUAAUUGCAUUACGGCACAAACAAAACUGACUCGUUUUUAAAUUGCACAGUUUUUUUAAAGGAAGAAUCAUUUUCUGGAUAUGUAAGUGUAAACGUAGAUGCAAAUUUGGGCUGCACCUCUUUAUCGUUUAUUAUGCCCGCAAUGGCCUAUAGGUCUGCACUUUAGUGUUUUUUAAUUGUUUUCUUUCUGGGUACUUACGAACAAAGAAAUAACCCAAAUAUUUUUCUGCUUAGUGUCUUUAUUUAUAAAGUCCCUGAGUAGUUGUUUGCAUCUUCCCUACUUACAAUGAUGAGUAGAAGUAUGUAAUUUUAAAUGUAUGACAUUAUUUAGGUGUUCUUUGUCCUUUCCAGAAAAGAUAAUGUUUUGUUUGGUUUUGUUUUGUUGUUUUAAGAGGGACCACUUUGCUUCCCUUUUCUUUACUAGUUAGAAUAUAGACAUUAACUUUGGGUUGAAUGUAUUUUUUCAAGCAUCAUUGCAGGGCCAUUUACACCUAUUCACACAAGCUUAAAUCCUACAUUGUGGGACUGAAGUGCUCUUAAGAUACCUUUUUAUUUUCACUGUGUAAUAUGCAAGGCAAAAGGGAAAUUAUUUAAUGGAUGGUGGCUCAAAUUAGAACUCAAGUUCUAAUUCCAUUACAUUGGCUUUACGCUCAUUAGAUCUUUCAUCAAAGGGCUGUCCCAUUGCAGUCUUACUAAAAAGUUUGAGUAAAGUAAAUUUCUUUUUCUUUUUGUAUUCAUCAUUAGGCUUUGAGAUAAAGAUCUACUCUUUUAAAAUGAUGGGCUUUCCAUCAUUAAAGAUGUCACUCAGGUGGCCUUGUUUGAUCAAAUCGCCUUUUUAAAAAACCAAGCUUUAAAAUCAUGUUUAUAAUACCACCGAAUUACAUAUAUAUUUGUCCCCAUAGUCUUCAGCUUUAAAACUAUAAAUGCAAUAUCGACUUAAUACCCAAAUUUGUAUUAUUUGCCCUACUAUAACGUAGGUUUAUUUUGUUUGUUUUUUGGUACUUGUUUUUCUCUGAUAAGACUCAGGAAUUCUGAAAUGUGAAAUUAAGUCUCAAUUCUUUCUCUUGUAGCAUGAAUUGAGUGUAUUUAUUAAUAGCACUUAGGAGUAUAGCAUACAGUAAUUUGGCAUAUGAUCCGUAUGACAUAUGUAGUAUUCAUUUAUCAUCUUAUGUUUUUAAAAUGGUUUAAUUGUGAACUUGAUUAGGUUUUUACAACCCAGAUUAUAGACAUGAAUGCACAUUUUCUGGUUGGUGUCUUUUUUGGCUGUGAAGAGUCUACCUUAUCAGAGACCUCCCAUUUGCCUUUUCCUCAGGGUAAAACCUUUGCCCUGAUUUACUAAAGUGCAAAAGAGUUCUUUUGGGAGCAGGUUAUUCUAGUCUUAUGCUAGAGAAUGCAUUGCAUUUAAUCAUUUUAAUGCAUAAGUUUUUUGCCCUAUUGCAGUCAUAAUUGUUUUCCUUUCCCCUAUAACGCAUACAUUUUCUCACCUUUGGGUAAUGGUGAAGUUCACUUACAUGUUGAUGCCAAGAAGACCUCAGUGCAAGUGAUCUUAGAGGCACCUGGGUCUAUAGUACUUAAUUGGCCUCUAGUCUUUCUUUCAUUGAUAGAAAAAAAUAUAUAUGAUGCUGGAAUAUUCUUAUUCUUUUUUUAAAUCCUAAUUACUUGUUUAGGUGUUUUUAUUUUUUAAAAGAAUUUGUUUAAUAAUCCCAGUGAACAAUAUGUUUGAUCUAUUCUUUUCUAACUUGACAAUAUUUUUCUUGUGCUUCUUGUUUGUUGGUUAGUUUUUGUUAAAGGAAUCAUUUAAGAUCACUACUUUCAUACUUGUGUUACACUUCAUGUAUUUUGAAGUGCAUUUAUUUACUUAGCAUUUUGUAACUUGAAUAAUUUCACCAAAUGAAUCCCUUUUGGUAGUUUGUAAUGAGUUCUUCCAGUUGUUGCAUUUUGUUUCAUACUUAAAUAUGUAAAGGUAGAAGAGAAAUAAAUUUUCUGUAUUCUGCCCAUCAUAAUUUUAUAUAAUAAAAUCAUCCAUUUUUACUUAAAAUAGUAUGGUUUUACUGUUUCUAAAAUACUAAUCUAAAGCUGCAGUUUUCCUUUUCUUCAUUAUUUCUGGCCUCCAAGUAAACAAUAAUCCAUUAUAUUCAUGCCAUUUGCCAGCUGAUUUUUGGUUACUGGGUUUUAGAUGUGCUCUCUAAAAGUUGUACGAAGUAUUGCCAUGCCUUAUUCACUCCAUCUUUAACCCCGCAUCCCCGAUUUAUGGCAGCAACAAGUUUCUCCCGGAUCUUUUUAUGUUGCCCAAAUAAUGCCUCCAGUCAUACAGUGUGUGUGUUUGUAAAAUAAAAUUUUUUUGAUUUCUCAAACUGCAGCAUAGAGUUGCUUUAUGCACAUAAAAAAAAAAAAGCAUACAAUAUACAUAAUUUCUAAAUCUGAUGAAAGAUACACUCUAUUUUUGGUUCUUUGGACCUUUCCCCUAGUUUUCCAUACUUUCUGGUUUAUUGUUAAUGAUUUUGUGUAUUCUGCCAAAUUUUGUCAUGUGGACUAUUUUAAAACAGCACCUCUUUUUAAAAACAGGUACAUAAUUAAACGUGCUUUCAUGUCCAUUUUCGUUUGAUCAUAUGAUUUGUGAAAUACGUUGAAAUCUGUACUCUGGUUUAUGAAAAUACCAGAACCCAAUCUCUGUCAUUAGAAUGUGUGUUUUGAGUUUGUGUUCAAGAGUGACUGUGUGGGUUUGUUCCCCAUACUCUUGUUUUAUGUACUUUGUAACCAACUGCAAACCUUGCUAAGAUGAUUUUGCUUUGAUAGGGUCAAAUAUAUGACUAUGAAACAUUUCCCUCCUUGAGAGGCUAAGUUCACUAGUAACUCUUCCUUGUUCUUGCUGUAACUGAGCUAAGUGGUAUAGCUACAAGCAUUUCCCGGCGUUUCUGUGUGUGUUAAUGUGCAAUGCUGAUUUGGACUGUUCUUGGGGGAAGGUGCUCUGGCUUAUUUAUGUAUUUGUGGGACUAGCUUUACAAUGCUUGAGAAAGCAGCUAGGUAUGUGCCGGGUGAUACAGGUAAAUCCUUAGAUGCAUGGUAAACUAAAUCUGUGCUAUUCAGAAGCAAGUGGCAUUUGCAGAGAAGAAGAAAAGUAUAUGAGGACCUCAGGAAUAGUGAUACUGACCUAGGUUGAUGACUUUGGUGAUGGAAUCAGAGGCCACUCAGGGUAUCAGAAUGAUGGUCAAAAUAACACUAUCUGGUUUUCAGAUUAGAUGUUGCUAAUUUCUGUUAUAAUUAGCUAUUUAGAAAAUAAUUUUUUUAAUGGUCAUCUCUUUAAUUUUAAAAGCCUUUAAAGAAGGGAGAGGAAUCUGUUCCACAGGAUAUUUGAAACUCAGGAGUUCUAAUAACCUUGCAUAUUGAACAUAAACUAUUCAUUUAUUUCACAACUAAAUUAUAACAUGGUACUUCUGAAUUGCAAAGUAAUUGCUGCAAACUAUUUUCUAUGGUAGCUGAAGAUUUAAAAUCGAUCAUUCUAAAGGUGAAUCAGUAAAAUCUCUUGAUAAUUGAUACCCUAGAUCACUUGUGUGCCUGAGAAAAUAAAAGGUAAUGUUUUAUCUUC